AUGCUGGGCGCCACGGUCUUCACGGUGCUCCUGGCCUACGCCUCCAGCUGCGGGGUCCCCAUCUUCCAGCCCAACCUAUCAGCCCGGGUGGUGGGCGGAGACACCGCCAUUCCCCACAGCUGGCCCUGGCAGAUCUCCCUCCAGUACCGCAAGAACGGCACGUGGAGGCACACCUGCGGUGGCACCUUGAUCACCCCCGGUCACGUCCUCACAGCUGCCCACUGCAUCAGCAAUACCCUGACUUACCGCGUGGCCCUGGGGAAGAACAACCUGGAGGUGGAGAAUGAGGAAGGCUCCGUGUUCAUGGACGUGGACACCAUCUUUGUCCACGAGAAGUGGAACGCCUUCCUAAUUCGAAAUGACAUUGCCCUUAUCAAACUGGCGGAGCCCGUGGAACUGAGUGACACCAUCCAGGAAGCCUGCCUGCCAGAGGAGGGUUCCUUGCUGCCUCAGAACUACCCCUGCUACGUCACUGGCUGGGGCCGUCUCCGGACCAACGGCCCCAUCGCUGACGAGCUGCAGCAGGGCCUGCAGCCCAUAGUGGAUCACGCCACGUGCUCCCAGAGAGACUGGUGGGGCCCCACGGUGAAGAAAACCAUGGUCUGCGCCGGGGGUGAUGGCGUCAUCUCAGCCUGCAACGGGGACUCGGGCGGCCCACUGAACUGCCAGGCCGAGGACGGCUCCUGGGAGGUGCGGGGCAUUGUCAGCUUCGGCUCCGGGCUGGGCUGCAACACCUUCAAGAAGCCCACGGUCUUCACCCGCGUGUCCGCCUACAUCAAGUGGAUCGACGAGAAAUUACAGCUGUGAUCCGUCCCUGGGAGCCAAGGCCGCAAAUCCCGGCAACCACAAUAAACCUCCUUCCUCCUCAA